AUGGCCCCGCCGGCCGAGCUAGGCCUGCUGCUCUUGGGGCUGCUCUCGGGGCUGCUCCUGGGGCUCUGGACGCUGUGCCGGGCCUGGACCCCAGUCGCAGCGCCUGCCCCACGCUGGCCCCCGGGGCCGCGCCCCCUGCCACUCAUAGGAAACCUGCACCUGCUGGACGUACGGCGACUGGACCACUCGCUGAUGGAGCUCGCGGAGCGGCACGGGCCGGUGUUCACAGUGCACCUGGGGCUCCAGAAGACGGUGGUGCUGACGGGCUUCGAGGCGGUGAGGGCAGCGCUGGUGGGCACCGGGCAGGAGCUGGCUGACCGGCCACCCAUCCCCAUCUUCCAGCUCAUCCAGGGAGGAAGGGGCAUCUUCUUCUCGUCCGGGCCUUGCUGGAAGGUGGCACGCCAGUUCACCGUCCGCGCCCUGCACAGCCUGGGCGUGGGGCGAGCACCUGCAACCCACAAAGUCCUGGAGGAACUGGAGUGGCUUAUGCUGCAGCUUGACAGCUAUGGAGGACAACCCUUCCCGCUGCCCCUGCUUGGCUGGGCACCCACCAACGUCACCUUCACGUUUCUCUUUGGCCGGCGGUUUGACUACCAAGACCCCCAGUUCAUCUCGCUGCUGGGCCUCAUUGAUGAGGUCAUGGUCCUCCUGGGUUCCCCUGGCUUGCAGAUGUUCAACGUCUUCCCCCGGCUGGGAGCCCUGCUGCAGCUACACGGGCCCGUCCUGCGCAAGGUGGAGGAGGUGCGCGCCGUCCUGAGAGCGCUCCUGGAGGCACGGCGGCGCCACCUGCUCAGAGGGGGCCCCGUGCAGGGCUACGUGGACGCCCUGAUCCGGCAGGGCCAGGGGCAAGAACCCCCAGGCCCAUUUUCCGAGGCAGACGUGGUGGCCUGCACCCUGGACUUGGUCAUGGCCGGCACGGAGACCACCUCGGCCACGCUGCAGUGGGCCGCGCUCCUGAUGGGCCGGUACCCACACGUGCAGGGCCGCGCGCAGGAGGAGCUGGACCGCGUGCUGGGCGGCCGGCGGCCGCGGCCGGAGGACCAGGCGGCGCUGCCCUACACCACGGCGGUGCUGCACGAGGUGCAGCGCUACAUCACGCUCCUGCCGCACGUCCCCCGACGCACCACCGCCCCCACGCGGCUGGGCGCCUACCUGCUCCCCAAGGGCACGCCCGUGAUCCCGCUGCUGACCUCGGUGCUGCUGGACAAGGCGCAGUGGGAGAGCCCCGGCCGCUUCAACCCUGGCCACUUCCUGGACGCCCACGGGCGCUUCGUGAAGCGGGCCGCCUUCCUGCCCUUCUCUGCAGGCCGCCGCGUCUGCGUUGGCGAGAGCCUGGCCAGGACCGAGCUGUUCGUGCUGUUCGCCGGCCUCGUGCAGCGUUUCCGCCUGCAGCCCCCGCCCGGCGUCGGCCCGGCCGCCCUGGACGCCUCGCCGGCCCGCGCCUUCACUUUGCGCCCGCGGGCCCAGGCCCUGUGCGCGGUGCCCCGGCGGCGCUGA